AGCAGGAAGUGGCUGAGGAGCAGCUGUAGCCGGAGAGGGGCCUUGGGGCUGGGAUCGGACCCUCCCCCACAGCGCCCGGCCAGCCGGGGAGGAGCCGCCGCAGCAGCCGCCUGAGCCCAGGGGCCAGCAGACUCUGCCAGAUUCUUCACCAUGGGUGACAUGAAGACCCCGGAUUUUGAUGACCUCUUGGCAGCUUUCGAUAUUCCGGACAUCGACACCAACGAGGCCAUCCAUUCUGGCCACGAGGAGGCUGAGGCUCACAUCAAGCAGGUCCCCGGGGAGCCCGUGGCCCCUGAACACGUCCUCCCCCACGCGGACAUCACUGCCGUCAGCGUGAUAGUGAAGAACACCGUCUGCCCCGAGCAGCUCGACCCCUUGGACGGCCGCGGCAAAGAAGGGCACGGCCUUGGGCCCCGCCUGCUGCAGAAUGGCUUUGGUGCCCCAGAGAUGCCCAGGUCCCCCACCUCCAGGCCAGGGGAAGUGGUGGCGUCGUCCAACGGAGAGUGCUGGGCAUCCAAGGAGAAAGGGGCAAAACCCAUGGACAUCUUUUCCCACUUCAGCCCCGAUCCCCACGAGGAGAACUCUGCCGAUCUGAUUGACAGGCCCCGGGAGGGCAAACAGAAAGAGAGAGCCCUCUCUGUGCCCUCUCUCUCCCCGUCCCCCACCCCGUCCCCUGCCCCAUCGCCAGACUGCAAAGAGCCAGCUGGAGAGAGCACCGACAGCCUCCCGCCGGCUUUCCCGCAGCCCUUUGAAACCAGCCAAGCGGGGGGCGUGAACGGCUCCCCUGCCAUCAUCCCCAUGAUCAAGAAAGAGGAGUCCGACUCGGAGGAGCUGGACCAUGGGGCCAGCCCCAAGGGUUUGGCUGCAGCCCUGCAUGACAGCCCCUUGGGGCACCUGAAAUCGGUCACCGUCCGCUACUCCACGGAUGAUUCCCCCGUCACGUCCUGGCCCAGCUCAGAUCCAAACCUUGACAGCAGCACCAGCAACCUCCCCGAAGUGAAACACUCGCCCACCAGCCCUCAGGAGCCGGUCUUCAAACCUUCCCCACUGCCGGAGGGGAGCCCCGGACCCCUUGGCUCCCCCAAGCCGCUGGGGAGCAUCCCUCUCAAGGAAGAGCAGGAGGCUCUAGAGAAACCCCCACGGAGCAUGUCAAGCGGUGAGGAGGAAGAGGAGGAGGAUGAAGACGGCAGCAAUGACUCCCCCUCUUCCAGUUCCUCGCGGCCUCUCAAAGUGCGGAUUAAAACCAUCAAGACGUCUUCCGGCAGCAUCACCCGGACGGUGACCAGAGUCUCCUCCGAUUCGGAGCCGGGAGCUGCCAAGCUGCCUUCGGAGCCAGGUUCUCAGGAGGCCGCCACAGAGGACUCCGUGCUCCCGGCUGCAGUGGUGAAAGAGGAGAGCGUGCUGGAGGUGCCCAAAAAGAAAAUGGAGCUCUCCAGUCCCCUCAAAGUCAUAGAAGGACCCAAAAUUGUCAGUGUCCAGCUGGGCAAUGGCACCAAAAUCAAAGGGACUGUUCUGCCGGUCACCACCAUCCAGAACGCCAGCAGCGCCAUGCUGAUCGCCGCCAGCGUAGCCCAGCAGAAAUCCGUGGUGCUGCCGGGCAAGGCCGUGACGAAGAACAUUAUCAACCUGGUGCCGCAGACCCUCCCCAAAGCCGACACCAGGACCAACGUCAGCACGGUGACCCAGACCACCACCGUCACCACCACGGCCAACCAGAAGGUCAACGGCACUACGGUGGUGAUGGUGCAGCCGCAGAAGCCUUCGCCCACCAUUGCCGGGACGGUCAUUUCCAGGAGCCAGUCCAGCCUGGUGGAGGCUUUCAACAAGAUCCUGAACAGUAAAAACCUCUUGCCAACCUACAAACCCAACCUGAAUCCUCCGGCGGACUCCAGCCUGACUCUCCCGCCCUUCGGGUAUCGCUGCUUGGAGUGUGGGGACUCCUUCGCCCUGGAGAAGAGCCUGGCUCGGCACUACGACCGGCGCAGCAUGCGCAUCGAAGUGACCUGCAACCACUGCACCAAGCGCCUGGUCUUCUUCAACAAGUGCAGCUUGCUCCUGCACGCCCGGGAGCACAAGGACAAAGGCCUGGUGAUGCAGUGCUCCCACUUGGUCAUGAGACCUAUUGCUCUGGAUCAAAUGAUUGGCCAGCCGGACAUCACCCCCAUCGUGUCAGUGACCUCCCUCGCGGCUGGCAAAGUGGCUGGGGUGCCUCCGGAUGCCAUGGCGACCGCUAACGGGGCUCAGGACCAACCCAUCCUGCCCCUGAGCGGCAGCUCGGAGCAAACGAGCUAUAACUGCUUCCGGUGUCUGGAGUGCAAGGAGCAGUGCAAGGACAAAGCCGGGCUCGCUGCGCACUUCCAGCAGGCUGUGACCGCGGGAACAAUCACCAGCACGGUGUGCACGACCUGCCCCAUGAUGAUGCCCAAUCCCUGCAGCUUUAACGCUCAUCAACGGAUGCACAAAAACCGACCUCCCCACGUGUGCCCCGAGUGUGGCGGGAACUUCCUCUUGGCGAACUUCGAGGCCCACCUGAAGGAGGCCUGCCUGCAUUUCUCCAGGAGGGUGGGAUACAGGUGCCCCAGUUGCGCCGUGGUGUUCGGAGGGGUGAAUUCCAUAAAGUCCCACAUCCAGACCUCGCACUGCGAGGUUUUCCACAAGUGCCCCAUCUGCCCCAUGGCGUUCAAGUCGGCCCCCAGCGCCCACGCUCAUAUCUACACGCAGCACCCGGGGUUCAGCAAUCAGCAGUCCAAGAUGAUUUACAAAUGUGCAAUGUGUGACACAGUCUUUACCCACAAGCCCCUGCUCUCCUCUCAUUUUGACCAACACCUGCUCAACCAGAGGGUCAGCGUUUUUAAGUGUCCCGACUGCCCGCUGCUCUUCGCCCAGAAACGCACCAUGCUGGAGCAUCUAAAGAACACUCACCAGCCGCAGAAACCCAAGGAGGACGUCACCAAGAAGCCAGUCGCUCUGCUCACCCCCAAGGAGGAGCCCGUGGAGGCCCCCGUCUCCAAGAUAUCCUCGUCGUCCUCCUCCUCCUCCUCGGAAGACGAGCCGCCCAGCUCCCCAGAGCCGCGCAAGGCAAAGCGGACCCGCUUUCAGCGCAAGACGGAUGCGAGCAAGUCGAAAAGUAGUGGCUGGACGUGCGGGAUGUGUCACUCCUGGUUCCCGGAGAGGGACGAGUACGUGUCCCACAUGAAGAAGGAUCACGGGAAGUCGGUGAAGAAGUUCCCGUGCCGUCUGUGCGAGCGUUCGUUUUGCUCCGCCCCCAGCCUCCGGAGACACGUGCGAGUGAACCACGAGGGGAUCAAGCGAGUCUAUCCCUGCCGGUAUUGCACCGAAGGCAAACGCACCUUCAGCAGCCGGCUGAUCCUGGAGAAGCACAUUCAGGUGCGGCACGGGAUAAAGGUGACCGACCAGACCAAGAGCCAAGAGGUCGUCAUUGCCCGGAUGGCACCCGGAAGUUUGCAGGUGUCCAGCAGGAAGCGGAAACUCUCCUCGGACGAGGGCGAUUCGUGUAGCGAGGAGCCGGACAGCACCACGCCGCCCUCCAAGAACCCCAAGGCGGACCGCAAAGCCCCCUUCCGCUGCCGCAAGUGCGGCUACGUGGCCUGCAGCGCGGCCGAGUUCCAGGAGCACAUCCCCCAGCACAGGACAGACGAGAGCUCCCACCAGUGCCGGGAGUGCGGCCUUUGCUUCACCUCCCAGGUCUCCCUCAACCGCCACCGCUUCAUCACCCACAAGAAGAAGAAGGGGGCGGGGGAGGUGGAGGAGCCCAGCCCCCGCAGCGGCCACGAGGGAGGGGCCCAGCGCUCGGCCGACGGGAAGCUCGCGUGCAAGGUGUGCGGGAAGGGCUUCGACACCCAGCUCAACCUGAAGACGCACUUCCGCACCCAUGGCAUGGCCUUCAUCAGAGCCAGGCAGAACGUGAGCCCCGAGAACUAGGGGCGAGGGAGAGGGCAGCGCGUGUACAUAAUCUCUGCACAGAGCUCGUUGGCCGGCUCCCAGCUGGGCCCCCCCGCUCUGUGCACCGUUUCAGUACGUAGGUUGGAUAUGUAAAGCUGUGAAGAGAAACAAGAUCCUUAUUUAUAAACCUGGAGGAACGUCGGAAGGAUCCGCUCUCUGGCUUCUCUCGGUCGGUGGCCCGGCUGAGGCCGACGCGGGGCGGGGAAUUGGGCUGGUUUACAGUGUAGGAAGCAGGAGCUCAGCGAGGGCAGGAGUCGGAGGUAGCCUAGCUCUGAGACUACACGGGCAAGCAAACGGUUCGUACGCUGCUCUGAAUGAUAACGAGGGACGCGGCCCGCUCUGUUUGCGAGCGCGGGUUCGGAUUGUCGUGGGCGGUGGCUUCCCUUCAUUGGAAUAGGGCAGUUAGUCGUCCCUCCCCAGCGUUGUCUGUAGCCCAGGGAGCUGUCUCCCAGCUCGAGGGCAGCGCUCCGGUGCCAGGAUGUCGUUUGCAGGCUCAGCUGCUUAACGGUCCCCUUGCCUGAGCCCUAUUUCUGCUCUUUCUGAUGGGCACUUCCCCUGCUUACUGGGAGUCUGCCUCUCCCACGUUCAGACUUGUCCGAAGGGAGUCCUUUCUCUCCGUGAGCGCUGAUGUGAGGACAGGUGGGGGAAGCCCCCAGCUGCUUCCUGGGACAGGGAGCCAGCUGGGAAUUUAAGUUACUGUGUUGAUAAGAUGUUCACAGCAGGAUCCAACUUUUUAUUUUUUUUGGUAAUGUUGCUUAUUUUGUAUUUUCAUCUGGAGCUCCGGGAAGCAAUGUUAGCCUGACUCUGUUAGUUGCCUGGUAUCUUAACUGACAGCGUCGAUCCAAGUUUUCAUGGUUUGUUCACUAACUAUAUUCACCCACUGAAUGCAUGUGUUAUGAAUCCUCUUCACAGGUUCACCUGCACUAACUUAACGCGAUUCUGGGUUUUGUACUAACUGAAAUCUAUGUAGAGGGUUGAUGGCUGCACAUGGCCUGGAUUUAAAAGGAAACAUUUGGCUACUAAGCUGCAGGUGACAAGCAGGGGUGUGUGUGUGUGUCUUGAAAAUGAAAGCAAUAACCUCGGGAAGUGAGGUCUGGCAGGGAAAUGGACUGCGAGCCAGGGCAGUGCAGUUAACCCUGCAUGUACUAUAUAAAGGGUGUCUGAAAAGCCAGAAACAGCUUAGUUUGAUCCUUGCCUACCUCCCAAGGCAAUCCCUCGAAAUCACCGAGGGGUGAUUAGUCCUGAUUAAGUUUUCCUCCACCCCCUUGCUAGCGUUUGUAACAGUCUCUGCUUGUGAGCUCUUCUCUUUACCAAAAAAUGAGCCAAGUUAUUAGCAAAUACUAAAUCUCUUUACAGCCGCGAGGGUCAAAGAUCAGCUGAUCAAAAACAGAUAUUUUGUUGCGGGUGGGGAUUUUAUUUUUGGGUGUGGGGUGGGGAAAGAGGGGGAUCAGCACCCAAAAGGAUGCACCCGAAGCCCCCUUCCCCCAGAUGUUAUUGGUUGAGGGCUGGGCUUAUCUGUGGGACGAGGUGGGCCCUGAUCUGUGCUGCUGCUGCUUGGAAAUGCUGGUUACCCUGGCUGAGUAGUGAGGUAACAGAAGAGGGUAGCGACCCCAUAUCCUUGCUUGGGGCUGCCGAGAGAACUUGGAUCUUGAAUCCAAGGGAGUUGAGACUAGUCUGUUCAAAGCACCUGCCACGGUUUUCCAACCUACCACGUCCUUAAAGUCCCAGCUGGUUGUAAAUAACCGGGGUAAUUUAGAGCGUAAGAGAACGUGCUUUGUUAGAAGCAGAAAGGGAAACUAAACCCUCUUUAAAAAAAAAAUUAUGCAGAAUUCAGUUCUUAGACUGACGUAGAUGCUUUCAUUCCCCACCCAGACACACCUACAGGCCCAUUGGACCGACACACACUUACAUCAUGGCAGCUGGCCUUGCAAACUCUGCAGGGUCUCGAUCCAAGACCCGCAGGAAAAACCCCACCCCAGGCCACGUCCAUUGAUCACUGCCCUGAAACUCCCCCCUUUGGUUCAGCUUUCAUCUCCCCCUCCGCUUCGGGUUCUGAGUCCCUCAUUUGCCACUGCAGCACUUGCCACCUCACUGACAGCGCAUUCCUAUGCCACGUGACCCAGCUCACCGCCAAGUUAUGGACUCGGAAGCAUUUUAAUAGCAGUUUUGGACCGUCAGUAUUGCAGCAGCAUCCACAAGAAUUUUCAAACCUGUGCAAAUGGCUGCGUCCCUAAAUCACGUUUGGAAAAACGAUUUCGACUUGUUUCGUUUGUUGCUUUGGCUUGUGUGCUCCAGUUAGGCUGUUGUGUGAGUCAUUCUUAUUUUGGUAACUUAACUUUGGGUUUUGUUUUUUUUUAAUGGUGAAUAACUCUUAAACUGUGUGUAAAAAGUUCUGUAACAUACACUAAAAAAAAAAAAAGCUACUGUUGUGAUUUAUUUUUUCUUGUUUUAGAAAAAGGAUUUGCUGUUUUUAAGUUCAACGGGAUAACUCUCUUCCCCCUCCGAAGAUGGUUUGGUUGAAAGGAACAAAUGCGGUGGUUGGUUUUUUUUAAUUCAUAGUAAACCAUUUUUUUUGAUCCAAUUGAAUGUUUAUGCAGCAGCAUUUGAGGUUUAAAAAAAAAAAAAAAACCCAGACCUUUUCUUGUAUAAAACUGCAAUCAAAUAUUCCCAAUGCUUGUUGUUACAACCUGCCUUCCCACAGGGUCAGCAGCUGCAGUGGAGUGGUAACUAUAUUUUUAAGCCAUGUAGUCCCACUAGCAAGAGUAACCAAGCUGAAAUGAAGGUAACUACGUAUUUUAAAUUUCCUCCCGGUUUUUUUCCUUUGUCUUAACUGUCUCUUCUCCCACCCCAAAAAACCUACACUUUUAAAAAAUGUAUUCGCUUGGAGCUGUGGAAGUGUAAAUGCUGUUCAAUAAUAUAGACGAACCUAAAGUUUCUACUGUUUUAGAGAGGAAGAAAAACAAAUUGCUUUGUAAUCUUUGGUGAUCUUAUUUCCCAUGCACUUCAGUGCCUUUAGAUUGACUUCUGUUUAAAAAAAAAAAAAAAGUGACUCUGCAUUUUGUUUUUAGAGGGGGUUUGUGAACUGAUGAUUAUGCUACAUUAAAAAUAUGGGCACUGCAAAAGGCUCUCAGGUAUUCUUUA